AUGAAGAUAAUAUGGAGAUUGUGUUUAAUCUUCUCCCUUUUCAACUCGGUGUCUGUUUUUGCUUCUCCUGUAAGGCACUUGUGUCGUCCAGACCAGAGAGAUGCUUUGUGGGAGUUCAAGAGCGAGUUCAUUGAAGUCCCAUUUAAUACGAAGAUAGCGACGUGGAGAAACAACACUGAUUGCUGUUCUUGGGAUGGUAUUUCUUGUGAUGAUAACACUGGUAUGGUCAUUGAGUUAGAUCUCAACUGCUCUGGCCUCUGGGACAGUAGACUCAGUGGCCCUUUGAGAUCUAAUAGUAGCCUGUUUAGACUACAACAUCUUCAGAGCCUUGAUCUUAGUUGGAAUUAUAUUUCUGGUGUUCUACCAGAUUCCAUCGACAACCUCAAAUAUUUAAGGGUUUUGAGUCUUAGUGGUUGCGAUUUCGAUGGAAAGAUUCCUUCUUCACUCAGAAAUCUUUCUUAUCUCACUGAUCUUGAUCUUUCUUUUAAUGAUUUCACUGGUGAGCUACCGGAUUCGAUUGGCAACUUCAAAUAUAUGAAGGUUUUGAAUCUUAAACGUUGCUCUUUCGUUGGAAAGAUUCUUUCUUCACUUGAAAGUCUUUCAUAUCUCACUGAUCUUGAUCUUUCUUAUAAUCAUUUCAACAGUGAACUACCGGAUUCGAUUGGCAACUUCAAAUAUUUGAAGGUUUUGAGUCUUAGUAGUUGCAAUCUAUUUGGAAAGAUUCCUUCUUCAAUCGGAAAUCUUUCUUAUCUCACUCAUCUUAAUCUUUCUCAGAAUGAUUUCACCGGUGAACUACCGAAUUCGAUGGGCAACCUAAACCAGCUGACAGAGUUACAACUUUGGCGGAACAAGCUCAGUGGGAAGUUUCCUCAUGUGAUACUUAAUAUGAGCGAGCUCACCUUGAUCGACCUUAGCUAUAAUCAGUUCCAAGGUAUGCUCCCGUCUAACAUGAGCUCACCUUGUUCGACCUUAACGAUAUUGGAGUCUUUAUUUUUACAUGAAAAUUCAUUUCAUGGAUCUGUGCCGUCGUCUCUUGUCAUGAUCCCUUCGUUGACCCACUUUGACCUAAGAAGAAACGACUUCAGCGGUCCUCUUGAGAUUGGGAAUAUCUCUUCACCAUCUAAACUAGAAGUACUUCGCCUUGGAGAUAACAAUUUCAAUGGGCCAAUCUCGGGUUCUAUAUCAAAGCUAGUCGGGCUAUGGUAUCUUGACCUAUCUUUUUGGAACACAGAGAAGGGAAUGGUUGAUUUCAGCAGUUUCUUGUAUCUCAAGUCACUUAACACACUUCACCUCUCUUAUCUGAAUACAAGAAGUAUAGUUGACUUGAGUCUUUUCUCACAUCUCAUGUCACUUGAAGACUUGGAUCUUUCAGGGAUUAAUCUGAGGAUCAGUCCAAGUCUCCAUCUUCCCUCAACCAUAGAACACUUGCAUCUAUCAUCGUGCAAUAUUUCUGAUUUUCCAAAAUUUCUACAAAACCAAACCAGACUGAUGUCUUUAGACAUUUCUGCCAAUCGAAUUGAAGGCCAAGUACCAGAGUGGUUAUGGAGUCUGCCAGAGUUGUGCUAUCAGGAGAACUCCCAAGUCUCUGAUCAAUGCACUCUCGAGUUUCUGAACGUGGAAGACAACAACUUCAAUGACACGUUUCCUCUCUGGUUGAGGUUUCUGCCGAAUCUACAGAUUCUUGUCCUUCGUUCUAACGAGUUCCAUGGGCCAAUUAUCUUCUCCUGGAGAUUCUUUGAGUUUCCCAACUGCGAAUCUUUGACAUUUCAGAAAAUCGCUUCACUGGAGUCUUGCCAUCAGAUUAUUUUGCUGGUUGGUGCAAUGUCAUCGGUAGAUUAUUUCCGAUGGGAUCAUUUUCAGAAUACUAUCAUAAAUCGAUUCCAAGGAGAUAUUCCGGAAUCCAUCGGUUUACUCAAGGAACUGAUUGUGCUCAACAUGUCAAACAACGCUUUCACUGGCCGUAUUCCACCAUCUCUAGCGAACUUGACCAAUCUCGAAUCAUUGGAUCUAUCUCAAAACCGAUUAUCCGGCAAAAUCCCACCAGAGCUCGGGAAGCUCACGUUUCUAGCGGAUGAACUUCUCUUACAACAGGCUCGAAGGUCCAAUACCGCAAGGCACUCAGAUUCAAAGCCAGAACAGUUCUGCUUUCGCAGAGAACCCCAGCUCUGCGGUGCUCCUCUCCAAGAAACCUGCGGCAGAAAAGAAAAAGAAGAAGCAACAAAGCAAGAGGAAGAAGAAGAUGAAGCAUUUAGCUGGAUCGCAGCUGCAAUAGGCUACGUACCUGGUGUUUUCUGUGGUCUCACCAUCGGUCACAUUCUCGCUUCAUAUAAACCUUACUGGUUCGUGAGGAUCUUUCACUCUUUUACUUAA